CAGGACGGCACGGCAGCGAGCACACCCACCCAGUCAGAGCCAGCCUCUCAGUCUAGUGCCACCGGCCUUGACACCAAGUGAAGUGACGCCAGGUCAGGUCAGUGCAACAAUCUUUCAAAAGUCCACCGCACUUGCAGUCCGCAGAACCUCUGAUCCAGGAAAUCCGUGCUCCAUCACUCGACUUAUCUUGCGUAGGAAAACGGCGCUUACUAGAGUCUUCUAAUAUGGCACUCGUCGAGAGAACUUAUUUAACACCGGGAACCGACGAUUUCCAAGCGGUUUCGAACUUGUUCAUCAGCGGUCUCAGCCACCACAUUAUUCAAUCUAUCGAAAAAGUCCAAAAUUAUGAACUUGAACAAAAAUUCAAGCAGAGGAAGGAUCAGUAUGAAAAUACUUAUGGACAAGUGAGGGUUGUUAAGCUAUGGCACGGCACAAAGAAGCGAAACGUCGACUCCAUUCUACGAGAAAAUUUUGACGUCUCCCGUCACGGACAAAACCGUGGCACGAGGUUCGGUGCAGGAGUGUCCUUUUCGGCAUUCUCGAGGUACGCCUACCACUUCUGCGAUCAGGGCGAGGAGGGCUGCAUGCUGCUGUGCGAGGUCCUGGUGAGCAACAUCACCCAGGUGCCUGAGAACAAGAGCCGGCUCUUCGCCUUGCAGGAGCCGCCGCUCAUUCCCGGCCGCUUCCCGCUGCGCUACGAUACGACGGCCAAGAACAAGGACACCAUGGACGUGAUUGUGAAGUUCGACUCCGACUCCUUCCGUCCGACGCACAUUGUGCAUUUUAAGAAGAAAGCUGCUAACCUCAGCAUCCCAAGGGCGGGGGUGAGGGCAGCUACCGCACGCGCGACAACCUUCGUCGAUCUUCUUAACGCCAUGCGUGUCCAGGAUGUAGAAGACGAUGUUGCUUCGAGCGAUCUUUAUGACGCUUUGCGUGACCAGGCUGAAAAAGACGAUGCUGCUUCGAGCGAUCUUUAUGACGCUAUGCGUGACCAGGCUGAAAGAGACGAAGUUGCUUCGAGCGAUUUUUAUGAUGCUUUGCGUGACCAGGCUGAAAGAGACGAAGUUGCUCGCGAUGUUGCUUCGAGCGAUCUUUAUGACGCUUUGCGUGACCAGGCUGAAGAAGACGAUGCUGCUUCGAGCGAUUUUUAUGAUGCUUUGCGUGACCAGGCUGAAAGAGACGAAGUUGCUUGGGGCGAUUUUGAUGAAUAUUGCUUGGGACUAUUUUGAUGAGGCUAUGUGUCACUUUGAUCUGCUUGGAUGAAUAAGACAAUGCUGCUGCUGGCGAUCUUAAUUGCGAAGUAGGUGAUUGUUGUAUUCAGUGAUGACAUUGGCCGACCUAAACGGUGUACUAAUUUUAAAAUAGACAAGUUUUUUUUUGCAUUGCUCA